CUUGUUCCAGAUGUCGAAAUGAGUAAUAAUUUUGCUUAAAAAGAAGACUGCGUGAGGGCAUCUUGUUUUUAUUUCAAAAAGUGUUAGCAUUUGUUCAAGUUGCAUAUUCCAAUGACCUUCACAAAGAAUGAAUCAUGUCCAGAUUAUACAGAAUCGAGAGGAUGUUGAGAUAACAUCCAGAUACAAUGAGCACGUAUUUGAUACGGAAGAAGAUACUGAACCUGAGAUUCCAGCUGACAGUAUUGAAAUAACGGUGGACGAAGUCUCAAAUCUUUAUCUACGCUGGGAAACCAUUAGUGUAUACAUUGAUGCUUAUAUAAAGUGUUAAAACGAUACAAUACCAGUGGAAAAAUGGCAAUUAGAACCAGAUUCAGACGAUGAAGAAUGCUACGCGGAAGAUGAAAGCUAUUCAAACAAUGAGAGCGAUACUUUGCAAUCAGAAUCUUCAAAAAACGUUAGCAUCGUCAAUAAUGUGGCAGACAACCAACUGACACUUACAAGUCUGAAGGAUCGGAGCCAAUGGAGGUGCAAUUGUCGGCAGAAGUUAAACGAACCUCACCAGUGCAGAUUGCACAACACAGUGCUUGGCGCAAUGCGCAGAUCCAGACGCAGGGCAGCUCGUCGCGAAAGAAAGCCGCGUGUCAUACUGGAACCAAAUAAGGAAACAAUAAUUUCAGAAGAAGGCUCAUCUAAUUUCUCUUCAAUAGUGCUCAACUCUCAAAACUACUCAAUCUCUAACGACAUCUGCUCGUCUUCAGGGUUUCUUGAGGAGUCUAGCGACAUUUCAUGUACAUCAAGUUCAAGAGUACCGACUGCUCCGACAAAGUUCGAAAAUUCCUGUCAAGAAUUGAAGGAGAGGAUACGUGCUCAAAUUUUCCUUGUUCAGCGCAACAGGAAUGAACUUAUGAGAGAAGGUGGUGUACCUACAGUGGUAUUUUUGGAUGGAUUUUGCCAGCAGAUACCAAUAAGAGAACUUAAAACUGAAGCGAUAACAGAAGACAGAUAACGAACAGAAAAUCCAACAUUCAUAUGCAGUACGAGAAUAAAUAAUUGUGGAUUCAGCAACAAAAAACACAUACUCGAAUUGGGUAAUCGUUCGUGAUUGUAAAAACUGAUUGUUGUUUCAAUUGAGGAGAAUAAAAGAAAAAGUCGUGGCUUUUCACUGCAAUAUCUUAUUUGUACAAUCUCAGUACUAGGUUUUUGAAUCCACCUAGUAUACAUCCGCAUCCUUUAGAUUGCAAUACUUCAAACUAUUAAACUUCCUACCAAUGAGACGAUGAGAAAGAAUACCUGACAAGCUUUAAAACGAGCAAUGGGAGGCUCCCAACACAAAAAAAUUAUGUCGCUGUGAAUAAAUAUGCAAUUAUUACACAAGCAAAGCUCUAUAAAUUGAGGCAC